UAAGGGAAAGAAUGGCACAACAAAUUGCUGAUUGAAGGAAGGUUUUAAUCCCUGAAAUUUGGCUAGGCAUGUUUAGUUAUAUUACCAUGUUGGAAUGAUUUUCAUUUCCAGUGCUGAAGGAAAUGGUACCAUGGAACAGUAUUGUAUAUUGGCAGGUACAGGUUUGGCUUUCAUAAUUGCCAGAGUGGGAGCAAAAUAGUGUGGAAAAUAACUGUUCCUGUAUACUUAUCUCUUCAGUACCUUGAGUGGAAACAUAAGUUGUCCCAUAACAUUUGCAGUGACUACAUGUUUUUGGCAGAUGCAGGUCUUCAUUGUCUUGUCAGUCCUGUAGGCUUCCGAAACCACAAUUAAUCUGAGUGUAAUUAUAACAGGCACCUAAUUAGUGGAGAUGUAGGGUUCUCCCUCUAAGUACAAAACAGCACAGGGUGUAUUGACAGGAUAAAAGCAAACAAACAAAAACACAGUUGUGUUUGGCAUCUAACCCUGAUGAGUCAAUGAUCGGUUAUGACAGCGAUGUACAUAGGAUGCCCUAAGGAAAAAUAACUUGUUUGUUGCAUUUGUGCCUACCUAUCAGUUCUAAUAGUGCCCUACAUCUUGGCUGCAUUUCUGAUCGGGUCUGAAGCUGGAGUAGAAGGAAGAUGCAGAACUUUGCUCCAGAUGGGAGGAGGUUAGGUGGAAGGGAAUUAGGGCUGAUAUUUGAGUGUAGUGUUGAGGCUUUGAGACAGCAAAGUGGAAUAGAACUUAAAAGAACUUGAAACAAAGCAGAUCUUGUGAGAGGACCAUAAAAUGUAAUAUUAAUUUCAUCCGUGCUCUUAUUCAAAUGUGUGUUCAUUUUAACUAAGUUCUAGCUGAUAAUUAAAUAGAUGUUAGUGUAUGAAGCUCCAGUAAAGGAAAAUACUGCUUGAGUAAACUGUAACAGGGCAUAAGCAAAGUAUGUUCCUGAUUUACUUUUUCAGGUGAUCCAGUUGUGUUCAAUACAGUUUUAAAAUUUCUAGUCCUUAAUGCCAAGUCUUGUUGCCAUCAUAGCUGUGGUGUGGGUGGAAAAGGCAAACCAGAAAUGAGCAGAUCUAACUGUAAGCUACUUUGCAUGUUGUCAAUUGGCUAUAAAUUGCAGGAGUCAUUGACUCAGUCGAACAAAGUGCAUUCAGGUAAGAGAACGGUGUAUUGCUGUAUCUAGCUACAGGUCUGCACUGAAUAUCCAUGUUUCUCUAAACCACUUCUAUCAGCCAGUCAGUAACAAUGCUUCUGUAGCUUUUUAAUUCGUUGUGUUUAAUGUGAUCAAUUACUACAUUACAUAAGAUGCAAGGAAACUGGAACAUUAACUUUUUCUUCAAUAUCGUUUAGAUAUUUUCAGGUAUUAUUCAGCAGUCUUAAAAUUAGCGCGUCUUGUUUCCUUGGAUUUCACUUUGCUCUGAAGAUUGGUGAGUCUCUGCUCUGAUGGGAAGAGGAUUCUAACAUGUGCUCAGUGCAGACAGUAAGGCAGCAGACAAAUGUUGUAUGGAAUGCUGUUAUCCAGCAGAAGUGUCGGUGCAAAACAAACACUGCAAGUAUCACAGGGGGCUGUGUUUUUUGGUUUCUUGCUGUAUGUAGAUACUUUACUAUUCACUUUUUGCUAUUCAGUGACUUUAUUUCGUUCUGACAAUUUUCUACUGUGACAUCUUGAAAAUAUUUUUAGAAUAACACAACUUGUGUUAAAAAAGAGAAAGAUGAUUAUCUACUGCUUUUGUUUUAUGAACGUAUAUAUUCACUUCUAAUCUUUCAGUAUCUCUAUUAAUUCAAAAUGAACGUGUCUGUGUGCCAUCAGUGUGCCUAUACAAAGAUCCAUUUAAGAUGCAUGUGACUGUCUCUCUUAUCUAACAACAUGCUAUAAAGGAACUCUGAACUCCCAAGAUUUCUGUACUGAGAUCCAUUUUGAUAAGAAAAUAACAAACAGCACUGAAUACAGAUGUAUGUUGAUGGAAUAUGUUAGAUUGGGUUAUUGAGUGAAAAUUCUCUUACUGUUGAAAGUGGCAGGUGUGAAAUGAUUAGAAAACAUUAAAAUAUCUCUAUCCUUGUGAGGGAUUAAGAUAAUCCAGUUUGCUAUGGAACUGUGCUCUGUAUAUUUGAAACUUUUCAAGAUUGUUGUGAGUAGUGCAGUCUAGAUGUUUCUGGUAACCUAGUUUGUGUUGUGUGCUUUUUCUUUUGUAGAGGGUAUAAUCUAAGUAUUUUAGAAAGCCAAGUAUAGAUGAGGAAGACGUUAAAGGAGCAUUUUUGGAUAGAUUUUGUUGGGAAGUACUGCUUGCAAUUGGUUAAAUGCAGAACCUGAUGGAUGGGAAAAGCUACUGUAAUCUCAUGGACAAGUUGUCCAUCACUGCUGACACUCAGUGCAUACAGCUGCCCCGGCCUUUCUGUGCAGACCCACUGGUCAUGUUUCACAUGUACCCAGAAACACCAAACCAGGUCGCUUGCUCUGAAGAUCUGUCAUUCCUUCCUUUCAUGUCUGAGCAUUUCAUCACAGAGAACUUCUACACUGAGCCCUGUGGCUUUUCCUACCAAAUACCCCACUGCAAUUACAACAGGAGUGAGUACUCCUAUGGGCCGGCUUUCAUCAGGAAGAGGAAUGAGAGGGAAAGGCAGAGAGUUAAAUGUGUCAAUGAAGGCUAUGCUAAAUUGAGACAUCACCUACCUAAGGAAUACUUAGAGAAACGGCUCAGCAAAGUAGAGACUCUCCGUGCAGCAAUAAAAUACAUCAGGUACCUACAGUCUGUUCUGUACAGUGAUUCCAUGGCAGCAGACAAAAAUGUCAUGGAGCCAAGCCAAGCACCUAAAGCAAUUAACAAACAAAGCCAAUUUUUGAAGGCUAUCUAAACUGUUCCAAAUCAAGGGAAAGAUGUCCUGGAUGGGAGCCUGGUAGCCACUGCUAUGUUGUUUAUGAUGUGCACCUUCCUGAAACAUCUAGGAGAUCAUAGUACGCAUCGAUACCAGCCCACAGAAAAGUAUUUUAGUUUUGCAGGUAGUAACUGUGCUUACAGAAGCGUGACUGGAAAAUCACAUCUGAGUGGCCUCAGAUAAUUCAUGGAAAUUGGAAAGCACAUCUAAAAUAGUAACCGAACAAAAAAUACAAUACCUAUAAGUGUGAAUUAAUUCUAUGUGCCAUCACAUUCUUUGUGCUUUGAAAUAAAAUAAAGUCUUUCCA